AUGGAUGUGAGCGGUAUGACAACGACCCCAUCGACAAUGAUGGCCGGCAUGACCAUGACCUCCUCGAGCGCCAUGUCGGCUUCGACAAACAUGGACGGUAUGGACAUGUCCUCCCAUUCAUCGACAACGAUGACUUCGGCAGAAAUGGCCAUGGUAUUCUUUCAGUCCGUUACAACGCCUCUUUACUCUAGCGCCUGGACUCCCACCAGCGAUGGUCCCUACGCCGGCACAUGUGUAUUUCUUGUCGCUCUGGCAACCAUUCACAGAAUCCUCCACGCGAUUAAAUGUACCGUAUUCGAUAGAAGGUUGCAUGGUGGACGCGCAACGCUAGGGUCUAAAGUGGACGACUCAGAGAUUGAGCAAAGUGUUGCCCAGCAGUUGAAGUCGGAAUGGUAUCAGCACCCUUUCCGAGUCGCUGACGAAACAAUUCGUGCAUUGGUUGAAGUUGUUGUUAGUGGGAUCGGUUACCUAUUAAUGCUUGCUGUCAUGACGAUGAAUGUAGGUUAUUUCUUAUCAGUUUUAAGCGGAAUCUUCUUGGGCACGUUCAUUGCGGGGAGGUUUGGGUCUGACGCAGACCACCACUGAGGUGUGUCAUAGAGGCUUUAGACACGUCAGUCAGUAAGGCGCCAUGACUUCGACCAGACUUUAGUAUUUCGAUGAUAUUCUCAUUAUUUUUCUUAGCAGAUGUAUCUAGGCGGCUAGUAGCUAUGAAAUGCUCUAGAGAACUGGAACUUCUGUAUUAGGUCAGUGUUCACAAGUCAGCG